AUGAAGAACUCAAAUAAUCAAAAUUCAUUAAACCCAAUUUCCAGACAUUUUAAUUCUCAUCUUCAUCUCAUUCGCUUUCUCAGCUAUCUCCUCCUUUUCACCUGUGGUGUUACAAUUGGAAUCAUCUUCAGUUUCUAUCUUAAAAGCUGCAAUUUCAGUCUUCAAUUCACACAAUUUUCACUUUCUGCAUCACAAAAAACAACAACUCCACCGCCACUAAUCUUAACACCAAGAGUAUCUAAUUCCAGCCUCAAUGAUAGUCAUGUAGGAUUGAAGAAAUUCAUUGAGCCUUCUCAGGUUGUACAUGAUUUGUAUGACGAAGAAUUGUUAUGGAGAGCUUCCUUGACUCCUAAGAUAGACGAAUAUCCUUUCGAUCGAGUUCCAAAGGUGGCUUUUUUGUUCUUGGUAAGGGGCCCUGUGCCUUUGGCCCCUCUGUGGGAGAAGUUCUUCAAACGGCAUAAAGGGUAUUACAGUAUUUAUGUGCACUCUAACCCGUCUUACAAUGGUUCAGAAGUGGAAAGUCCUGUGUUUCAUGGUAGGAGAAUUCCUAGUAAGAAAGUAGAAUGGGGAAAAUUCAACAUGAUUGAAGCCGAGCGUCGCUUGCUAGCAAACGCGCUUCUCGACAUCUCAAACCAACGAUUUGUUCUCAUAUCAGAGUCCUGCAUACCACUCUUCAACUUCUCAACAGUCUACUCUUAUUUAAUGAACUCGAUGCAAAGCUACGUCAUGGCUUACGACGAGGCGAGUUCGGUUGGACGUGGACGGUAUAGAGUCAAAAUGUCACCUAAGAUCAAACUAAAACAAUGGAGAAAAGGGUCUCAAUGGUUUGAAAUGGACAGAAAACUUGCACUAGAAGUAAUAUCCGACAGAACAUAUUACCCGGUUUUUGAAAAAUACUGUAAAGGUUCAUGUUAUGCAGAUGAGCAUUACUUGCCAACUUUUGUUAGCAUAAAGUUUUGGGAGAGGAAUUCUAAUAGAAGUUUGACUUGGGUUGACUGGUCUAAGGGUGGACCACACCCAGUUAAAUAUGUGAGACCAGAGGUUACUACUGAGUUUUUGGAGAAUUUGAGGAACCAAACAUGUAAGUAUAAUGGAAACAACACAAAUGUUUGUUUUCUGUUUGCUAGAAAAUUCUUGCCCACUUCAUUGACAAGGCUCAUGAGGUUUGCUCCAAAGGUCAUGAGCUUAUAA